AUGGAACCUGAUGCUAUUCGACCGGAUCGCGAUAUUAUCGGGAAACAGAAAAACCCGCGGCGCAAGAAGCUUAAGCGUGAAGACAGUUCGUUGCCAUCGCCUGGCGCUGAUUCUCAUUGUUCACAAGAAGAGGCCUUAAUCACCUACCUCCUGGAUACGGAACUAAAAGCAAUGAGCUCAAUGGGACAUCCUUCAAAUACAUCACCAAUUGGUAUUGCACGGAUUAAAGUUGACCCGGAUCCAGAUUUAAGCGGAAUUUUCCAGAACAAAUAUGUGCUGGGAGCCGAUCGUUUUGACAUGUGUUAUCAGGUGGAUCGUACAGUGACAGUAGAAAAGCUAUCAGAAGCAAUACGACGAUACAUUGCUGCUGCAGUUGACUGGAUUGAUGCGCUUUUUUCGCUCGUUAACAUCACUGAUUGCACUGAAAAGGUUUGUGUGUUGAAAGGCACAUUCGGUGCGUUCUGUACAUUCAAUCAAGCGGCACGUACGGCACAGACAACAUCCGACACAAAUUUGCUGUGUUUAUGCAACAAAACAGUCAUACCACGGCACAUACCACGGCAUCUAGUUGAAAAUAGGUAA